UACGAGAUCUCAUAUUCAACUUCAAUGAGUUAGAGAUGAAUCGUUUGAAACAAUUAUUCACAUCAACCGCUUAUAUGAGAGAUCCAGUCGUGAAGAUAACAUCCAAAGUCGACACAUAUACCGAUGUCUACAAAGUGUUUCAAAUGCGAUCGGACACUAAAUCUCGAAGAGUUAUACAAAUGUGUAAAACUAUGGCUCAAUUCAAAGAGUUGUGUGAAGACGACAAAAUCAUUUUACUGAAGGCCUCGUGUCCUGAGAUUAUUUGCUUGAUUUCUGUGACCACCUUUGACUUCGAGAGCGAGUUCUGGACGGUUGCCACUGACUCCGAGAAUGGCGUUAUGUUACCAUUAAAUGUAUUAAAGUGGGGGAAAUGGAACUUCUAUGACAUACUCAAGCAGUUUAUGAUUACAAUUAAAGGGGAAUACGAUUCCGAUAUGAAUCUCAUUGAUUUGUUAAUGGCAAUCAUACUUUUUAACCCCAAUCGUCCCAAUUUAAAGCACAAAGAGAUUGUAAAACUCCAACAGAAGACUUACAUGUAUUUACUUCAACGCUAUUUAGAGAUUAAACACAACUCUAAGAGUGAAUCCGAGACCCGAUUCUUGCGAUUAAUGAAUUGUUUAAAUGAGUUGUAUUUAACGACCCAUAAUAUGAUGAGCAAUGCUUAUAUCUUUUCUGAUGAGCAAAAACGCAAACGAAAGGCUAUUGUCGAAGAAAAUCGGUCUAAAACUAAAGUCAAUAUUAAGUUGAAUGCCAUUCACUCGUCCAACACAUCAUCGCAAACACAAUCGGAUUCAGAUAUAAAUGAUAUUUCAAUGAAUGAAAGUAAUUAUGUGGACAACGAUUCUGCAGAUAAUUUACAAAAUAGGCUGAAAUUUAAUGAAAUAGAGAAACGGUUUGAUGAGGAGAUGCCCGUCGUUUCAAUGAUCAAUGAAAUCAAUUCAUACGACAAGUGUUUGAAUGAUAUAGAAAUGAAUCGUUUGGCAGAACUGCUGAAUGCGACCCAAAAGAUCAGGGAUCCGGUCAGCAAAAUAACAUGUCUGGCCACUAAACAUCCAGAGGUGCGACACACUAUGGCAGUGAAAUGGGAACAGUUCCCAUUUCACUGCCAUAGUGUGUCGCACCUCUGGAUGUUUAGUGGCCAGACAUGUUAUUUUGCUGACCGGAUCCCUGAUCUUUUGGGUCGCAUUCAGCAGUUCUGCCAAACGAUUCAUUUCUAUUUCAUUCAAACACUUGUCGUAUGA